UGAAACCUUGGUCCAAUAUCAUGAAUUUGUUGAACGAAAAGGAUUCGUCUGAUAUCGAGCUUCUGAUAUAUGCAAUGACGCUUAUUAACAAGACUCUGAAUGCCAUUCCCGAUCAAGAUACCUAUUACGACGUGGUGGAUGCUCUGGAAGAGCAGGGAAUGAAAUGGAUCAUCGAACACUAUUUGAAUAAGAAAGGAAUCGAUCCCGAUCUUAUGCAGCAAUUAAAAAUUUAUGAGGCGGUGUUAAAGCACGAAGACGGCGACGACGACGGAAAACCGUUGCCUUACGACGUUACUCUCAGACAAAUGCCGAGAAAUCGGAAGAUUUGUUUAGACGAUAACGACAGGAGAAAGAGCAAAAGGCAUUCAUUGGGGAAGUCGAUAUCAUCAUCGAAAAUAAAACCUCCGGAUAUACAAACAACUAAUCAACAAGACAAAGUGCCUUGGAGGAGAACAAGACAAAUAUCUAACGACGAUUCGAGCAAAUCGGAAGGACAGAUGCAAAACGGAAGCGCCGCCAUUCCAGCAACGGAAGUUACGGAAAUUACGCCGGCUCUACGCAGGAGAAGAGAAAGAGAAGCUCAGAAUAAAGCUUUGGGUAUAAAUCAAGAGAUCGCUCCCUCUCCUCCAGUGUAUCAAAGAACAAACAGCAUCCCAUCAGACAGAGAACAAGAGAAAGCGCCAUUGCAGGAAAAGCACGGUCCAUCUUUAGUGGAAAAACAUCGCUAUCGUUUCGAGAGUAAAAUUGAAGACGAGAAUAGGAAAAACCAGCAAUUGACAAGACAGAAAUCGUUGGAGAACAAGAAGCCCGAACUGAAGAAACAGAAUAGUAUUACGGAAAUUGGCGACAAAAAACCUUCUCUGGUCAGACAGAACAGCGUUUCGGAAACAAAAGAAAAUUACAUGAAAAAACUAGCGAAACAGGGAAGCCAAAGCGAAAUCGCCAACAAACAGAGCGGCCAAACGGAAGCGGGAGGGAAAAAAUUCGUUCGACAAGACAGUUGGCCCGAUGCGAACAAAGUACCUCUUAGUAAACAGGGCAGUAAGGCCGACAUCAAGUCUCCCUUCGUCAGACAAGACAGCCAACAGGAGAAGAGCGAAAAGUUUCCGCCUCCUCCUCCUCCUCUUGCCAAACAGGGCAGUUGGGUGAGCGCCCAGGCAAACAAACUAAGUUCGCCCUUAAUAAAAAACGAUAGCGGUGCCAAACUCGAUCAGACCUUGCACCCCCUUAACAAGAAGGGAAGCCAGACGGAAAUUAAUAAAGGCCCUACGCCUUACACUCGCAAGGAUUCGAACAAGAAGUCGUGGAUGCUCUCCAUGAUGUACAGUAAGAGCCAAGAAGACGAAAACAAGAAGAAUUUAUCUCAGUCGCCAUCCGGAGAAUUCGCUAAUCAAAGAGAAGAAAAGUUUCCCCUGAAGAAAGACAGCAGCAUACAAGACAUUCAGGGAAAGGUGAUAGGAAAACAGAUACCGGGACCAAAGUCACCGGGGAUACGAUCGGGUGACACCAGCGGUAUUAUCGGAAGAGCGAAAGAGGGCCUGAUAUCCGGCGGAACCCGCCAGGAACAGAAAGCGCCCAUUGCGCCUCAGAAAAGUUCUUCGUUCAUCCUCGAUUUGAAGAAGAGUGACGAUUUUCAAUGGGAGCAACUCAUGAAGACCAUCGCCCGCCCUUUAAUAAUUAACGAUUUAGAUUUCACCGAUCUCGACGACAAGGACGACGUCGACAUAUUCAAACCUCAAGGUUUCGUUCUCGCGCCCGUAGCUCCACCGCAACAGGCGCCGAUGUUUAACUGCGGACCACCACCACCGCCCCCACCACCGGGUUUGGGAGGCCCGCCUCCUCCUCCUCCCCCACCGGGCAUGGCUGGUCCUCCUCCUCCUCCACUUCCCGGUAUGGGAAUUCCUCCUCCUCCUCCUCCGUUACCAAAUUUGGGAGGGGCCCCACCGCCUCCUCCGCCGCCGGCUCCGGCGUUCGGAUUGAAAUCUACGGCACCUUUAUUAAUGAACACUCAGAAAAGUACGGUUACUCCGCAAGCUCCACCCUGGGUCAGAAGAUCCGCACCGCAACCGGAGAAACAUCAAGAACAGGAGAAAUCUAAUCCGAAGAACAAGAAAACCGUCAAGUUAUUCUGGAGGGAAUUUAGAGAAGAACCCAUGCUUCUGAACAGGGCGGGUAUCAAGAGAACAAUAUGGGAUGAGAUAAAAGUCAUCAACGUGGAUACUCAGAAGCUAGAAUAUCUCUUCGAAAGCAGAGCCAAAGAUAUUAUGAAUAAGGAGAAAACUCAAGAGAGCGGAAAAAAGAACGAAAUUGUAGUAUUGGAUACGAAACGUUCGAAUGCCAUCAACAUCGGUCUGACCAAGCUUCCGCCUCCGAGGACCAUUAAAACGGCCAUUCUCAAAAUGGACAGCAUCAUCAUGAACAGGGAAGGAAUCGAAAAAAUUCUGACGACCAUGAUGCCGACAGAAGAGGAGAAAACGAAAAUAACAGAAGCUCAAAUGGCCAAUCCGGACGUACCUCUGGGUUCCGCCGAGCAAUGUCUGCUCAUUCUAUCUUCUAUUAACGAAUUAGAAGCCAGGUUGAAGUUGUGGGCUUUCCGCCUGGACUACGACACUAUGGAAAAGGAAGUUGUGGAACCUUUGAUGGAUCUGAAACAAGGAGUUGAAGAAAUAGAGAAGAGCCAAACAUUCCGGUCAAUUUUGGCAACACUUCUCUCCAUUGGCAACUUUUUAAAUGGAGUGGAGGCCAGGGGCUUCAACAUAGAAUAUUUAGCAAAGGUUCCCGAAGUGAAAGACACUGUCCAGAAGCAUUCUCUUCUUCAUCAUCUGUGCCAGUUCGUCAUGGAGAAGUUCCCUAAUUCGACGGACUUGUAUUCGGAAUUGGGUUCUGUGGCCAGAGCAUCGAAGGUGGAUUUCGACGAGGUGAACAGGAAUUUAACUAAAAUGGAGAACGAGUGCAAGGCAUCUUGGGACUAUCUGAAAGUAAUCGCCAAGCACGACGGCUCCACCUCCAUGAGAGUCAAGAUGGCGGAAUUUUUAGCCGAGUGCGCGGAAAGGAUCAUCAUCUUAGGAAUUAUCCAGAGGAGAGUACUUAAUAGGUUCUAUAAGUUGCUGGUGUAUUUCGGUUUCGUCGCUCACACCAUAAAAGACGUCAAAGUCAAUCACAUCUGCAAAAUUAUAUGCGAAUUCGCUCUGGAAUACAGGACGACCAGAGAAAGGGUGAUCCAGCAGAUGGAGAAAAAAGCAAGUCACCGCGAACGUAACAAGACCAGAGGAAAAAUGAUUACCGAAACGCCAAAAUUCCGAACCAAAGAGCAGCAGGCUGACCGGGAACUCAGGCAGAUCCUGAAGAACGGAAACGUGGAAAACGAAGAAUCCAGGUCACACAAGUGGGAUAAAAUGUUACCCGGAAGUAAAGGGCGACCGAAACUCGUUCCUGGUGUGGGACAUAAACCCGGAAGACACGGACCCGUCCUCAGAGACGAAAAUCUGACUGAUGCAGAUGACGAAAUACUUGAGAGUCUGGUGAAGACUGCCACCACGCAACCCACCCGAACGGAACCCAGAGUCAGGAAGAAGGCUCGUUACGGCGAUAGAAAGUCACUUCGUCGAACCCUGAAGAGCGGACUGGAUUUGCCCGAAGAGAAUAAAUAUUCGACCAGACCUUACACCUGAAUCUGUACCCCCUCUGGAUUCUGACGUAGGGGUUCUGCCUCCAGAGCAGCGGAACCUCGGGGGGAGUGAAUUUUCCCGGGUUGGAGUCGGCUCGACCGUCGAUACAUACACACACAAACAAACAAACACACACACACACGCACUGAUCUAAAGUGUAGCGCAAUUGUUCUUAUUGUUAGUUCUAUGGCUAUUAAUUAUUAUUAUUUUUUGUUUUUAUAAAUUUAAAAUAUUUUAGAGCCGGAAGUUCUCUACAUAGAUUUUUUUAAUUUAUUUAUAACCGGGCGACCAGAGUUCUAUUGUAUUUAAGUUUUUAUUAAAGCGUCGCGUCGCCCCCCGUGUGUAUAUAUACGUGCGUCCGAUCGUACUUUCUGCCUCGUUUACGUCACGUGCGUGUUUAUCACCCGGAUUUUGCCAUUGUCGAAUUUCCCGCCGUCGCGCGCGACCUGACGACCAAAUGUACUUUUUGGACGUGUAAAUAAAAAGAAAUUCUAAAUAAUUGUUCUCCAUCAGAAAUAAUGGAAAGUGAAUAAAUCUGUUUCCAGACUCCAAAACACUACACAUUUCGAUAAACAGUAUACA